ACACACACUGUCCCGGGACACGCGUCUGUAACUCAACCUCCAGGUCUCGGAGUCUCGAACUUUUGGAAUUUGGUUCUCAGGGAUGGCUGCAUCGGUUCUGGAGGAGGAAACACGUUAUGGCUCGAGUCCUUUGGCAAUGCUGACUGCCACCUGUAACAAAUUUGGCAGCACCAGUCCAGUUCGUGACACAGCCACACCUGGAAAAGCAGGAAGUGUAGUAUCAGUAAAGAAAGCUUACAGCAUGACUUCUGACCUGCAGGCACCUAAAAACGGCCGAAACAGUGAAGGCCUAGUAGACUCUUAUAGCACCUCUUUCGGUACAGGUGGAGGCCUGCUUACACCCACCGGCAGUCCCCCUCCUCCCACAGGAGCAUACACUUCUGACUACAACCCCUUCUCCUCCUUCCAAACCUCCUCAGCCUCUCAGGAUCCUUCACUGCUGGUGACCAAAGCACAUGCUACAGCUGACUGUCUGACUAGUGUCUACACCUCGCUUGACAUGACGCAUCCAUAUGGCUCUUGGUACAAGGCAGGGAUUCACCCAGGAAUCACAGCCGCACCUGCCAAUGCCACAUCCUCCUGGUGGGAUGUCCACCCCAGCUCCAACUGGCUGAGUGCAGGCCAAACCCAGUCUGAUGGUCUCCAAGCCCCAUUACAGCCUGUGGCGCCUCAGGCAUCUCUCAGCCCCCCUAUGUCCAGCUAUAGCUCAGACUUCACUUCCCUUAACCCAGCACCUUAUCCUUCUGUGGGUCUCAGCUCCUCGUCACACCUCCUGCAGUCCUCCCAGCACAUGCUCCCACAAGACAUGUACAAACCCAAGCCAGUAGCCAGUGGCGGUCUUGUCGAGAGCUCCAUGGGCCUAAAGCCAUCUCGGGGCUCUGGGGCAUAUACAGGCAGUUCUGCCACCAGCAGGUCCUCCUGUGACUGCCCUAACUGCCAGGAGCUGGAACGUCUAGGGGCAUCUGCCGCCUCACUACGCAAAAAGCCUGUACACAGCUGCCACAUUCCAGGCUGUGGGAAGGUCUAUGGCAAGGCCUCACACCUCAAGGCCCACCUGCGCUGGCACACAGGGGAACGACCUUUCGUGUGUAACUGGCUCUUCUGUGGAAAGCGCUUUACACGCUCUGACGAGCUGGAGCGCCAUGUGCGCACACAUACGCGCGAGAAGAAGUUCACAUGUCUUCUGUGCAAUAAGCGGUUCACACGUAGCGACCACCUCAGUAAGCACCAGAAGACCCACUCUGAGGCCAGCCUGCAAGGGAAAGCUGGGAGUGGGGAGAAUGAGUCAGAACCGAGGGGCCCAGAUGAUGCUGUGGACCCAAGUGAUGGGGCCCCAGCUGGUCCAGGAAAUGGCAUGCAGGAGCACACAACUAAUGGAGAGGAGAAGAUCACCACAGGAAACCCAGUGGAGAACAGUAGUGGACUGCUGGAGAUAUAACCUCCAUAUCUGGGGAAAGGUUCUUCAGAUUAAGCUGCUGUUCUAAUUGGUGCUAAUCAGCAUUUAAAAUAAUAAUUUGAAAAAGUGUAUGUUUUUUCUGACAAUAUUCUUUAAAUACAUUUUGUUGUCCCUAAGGGGAAACGAGGCACCACUAUCACAGAUAUUCUCCUGUGGAACAUGAAGGAACAGCAAAAACAAGAACAUGUUUGCCAUUAACAUGAACUUAAGUUUUUUUGAUAUGCAAACCAAAAGUGAGGUCUGUGUCUUGAAAAAGCUUUUUAUGAUUCUGGAUCUUUCUAUUUUGUUCUUUUGAGCUGUUCAGUUCUUUUGUCAUAUUUGUCCUUUCUGAUCACUAUCUUACAUUGUGCUAUAGAUAGUAUUAUUGAAACAUGAUGAGAAGCGAUGUUUUUAAUGAUUUUGUCAGUGACUAAUGGUUUGUCCAGGAAUUUGGACUUUACUAUCAGUUCUUUUUACAAAAGGUGCAGUUUUUAUGAGAAAAAAGUGAGUCUUUAGUUUUGCUUAUUUAAUCACAAUCAUUUCUAAGACUUAAAUAAUUCUCUGAGAAAUCAGGGCUCAUAAAUCUAUGUAGGCUGCAAAAAGGGAUUACAGUGUACAGUUUAGUAUUUUCUUUUAGUUCCAUUUGAAUGCUAUUUUUGUCUUAUUUAAUUUCCUAUUUACAUACAAUUUUAUUUAUGCCUUAAAUUAUAAACAAUAACAAGAGACAAUCUUGCAUUUUACUGGCAUUAAAUGGGAAUUGAAAAUCUCUCAAUGAAGCAAAGCCAGUCAUAACUAAAUAAGGAUUUUUCAUGUUUUAAUUUUAUGAUUAUUUAUUUAUUUUUUUCACUGUUGAUUUUCAGGUUCUGAUGGCUGUUGUAUGAACUCUCUGGAAUAUUAAAAGCCAAAUUGUAAGGAUUAAAGUGGAUUUUUCUGAAGCAUCAAUUUAAUUUUUAUUUUAAUUAUUUUACUAGUAUGUAAAUAUGAAACUCAAGUUCUGAA